AUGGGACAAGAACAAGAAAUACUUGCACGACAUUAUCUUCAACAAACAAUUACAUUAGGUGGAUGGCUUUUAUUACAAAAUGCACAUUUAGGUUUAGAUUACCUUGAAGAAUUUUAUGAAACUCUUAUUGCAAUGGAUACAUUUGAUCCAUCAUUUCGUGUUUGGUUAAUAACUGAAACUCAUUCACAAUUUCCAAUUCAAAUUCUUCAAUCAUCAAUUAAAUUUACAAAUGAACCACCACAAGGUGCACGAGCUGGUCUUAAACGUACUUAUGGAUUAACUAAUCAAGAUAAACUUGAAUAUAUUGAAACAAUCUAUUGGCGUCCAUUAUUAUAUACUACUUCAUUUCUUCAUAGUAUCGUACAAGAACGUCGAAAACUUGGACCAUUAGGAUCGAAUAUUCUAUAUGAAUUCAAUCAAACAGAUUGGGAAGCAUUUGUACAAUAUAUUCAAAAUCAUUUGGAUGAUAUGAUUCCAAAAUUAAACAUAUCAUGGAAAGCUCUUCGAUAUAUGAUAUCAGAAAUUCAAUAUGGUGGUAGAAUAACUGACGAUCGUGAUCGUCGUUUAAUGAUUACUCAUGCUAAAAAAUGGUUUAAUGAUUUAUUAUUUUCAUCAGAUUUUAAAUUUUAUGAUGGUUAUUCAAUACCAAAAGUAAAACGUCUUGAUGAAUAUAUUGAUUAUGUUGAUAAAUUUCCAUUAAUUGAUCCACCACAAAUAUUUGGUCUUCAUUCAAAUGCUGAUAUAACAUAUUCAACAAAUCGGACAAAAUCUAUGCUUGAAAAAAUUAUUCAUAUACAACCAAAAGAAGCAAGUUCAAAUAUAUCUGGUAUUGAAACACGUGAUAAAAUUGAAUUAUUUAAUAGUAGUUGUAAAGAAACAUUUGAAGAUUUUGUUUCAAUAGAUGAUGAUGAAACGAUUACUGGUUGA